GUCAAUCUGGCAACCCAUGCAUGGACUAUAAAUACGCUCUGCAGUGGAGCUUCAUGAGUGGGUCGCGUUGAGCACAAAGCAGCUCCUCCAAACAGCCUGGAAGCUCCAACACUACAGAAUGGCACCUAAGAAAGUCUGUCUUAUUGGCUCUGGCAACUGGGGCUCUGCUAUUGCCAAGAUUGUGGGCACCAACACUGCCAAGUAUGCGACAUUUGAGGACACGGUGAACAUGUGGGUGUUUGAAGAAAUAGUGAACGGACGCAAACUCACAGAAAUUAUCAACACUGAGCAUGAGAACGUCAGAUACCUGCCAGGACACAAGCUGCCCCCUAACGUGGUGGCUGUUCCAGAUCUAUUAGAAGCCGUGAAAGGGGCCGACAUUCUUAUCUUUGUAAUCCCGCACCAGUUUGUAAAGAAAAUUUGCGACACAAUCAAAGGUCACAUCAAGGCGGAUGCAGUGGGGAUGUCCCUGAUCAAGGGUGUUGAUGAGGGUCCAGAUGGGCUGAAACUCAUUUCUGAUGUCAUCAAGGAGAAUCUGGGUAUCACUAUGACUGUGCUAAUGGGAGCCAACCUGGCCAAUGAGGUGGCUGAGGGCAAAUUCUGUGAGACCACAAUCGGCUGUAAAAGCAAAGAACACGGGCCACUGCUGAAGGAACUCAUGCAGACAAAGAACUUCCGGGUUACUGUCGUGGAAGAGUCAGAUGUUGUAGAGAUUUGUGGAGCUUUGAAGAACAUUGUGGCAGUUGGCGCAGGUUUCUGUGACGGCCUUGGCUCUGGUGAUAACACCAAGGCAGCAGUAAUCCGUUUGGGUCUGAUGGAGAUGAUUGCAUUUGCACGGAUCUUCUGCACGGCCAGUUCUGUCUCCCCUGCCACCUUCCUGGAGAGCUGCGGCGUCGCUGACCUCAUCACCACCUGCUAUGGAGGACGCAACCGUAAAGUUGGUGAGGCUUUCGCCAAAACCGGCAAGUCAAUUGAAGAGCUGGAGAAGGAGAUGCUGAAUGGGCAGAAGCUUCAGGGUCCAGCCACUGCAGCUGAAGUGAACCACAUUCUCAAGCACAAAAACAUGGUGGACAAAUUUCCUCUGUUCAACGCAGUGUAUCAGAUCUGCUUCCAGGGCCAUCCAGUGAAAGAGUUCAUCAGCUGCUUGCAGAAUCACCCAGAACACAUGUAACUCAUUGACCAACCUGCAGCAUGAUGGGGUCAGUCUAGCUAAAAAGCUACUACAAAUCUAGUUGGGGAGAUGGGGCUGUUCACUGUGCCUAUAUUUCUUACUGAGGAAAGAAGAAUCUGAAGUAGGGCUGAUCUGAGGAUGUUCUUGCCAAACUUCAUUUCAAAACGCUGCACCUCGAAAAAGCCUUACUUCAACAUUCUACCAUGUCUAGAUCACAUUGUUCGUGUUGUUAAGGAUGUCAGAUUUUAACUAAACCUAAGAAUAAAUGUUUUUUGUAAAUGUGUCAGAGAUAUGUCCUAACUGUCUUCAUGUAGCUGGUCUUCAGUGAGUAGGCUGGCUUGUAACACUAUUGUGUGUGCUAACAGAAUGUAAAGGAGUGCGGAUUAAAAGUGCCUUAAGUGGUUUUUACCUGAAUAUUCAUCCAUAUUUGUUUUCUGUUAAAAAGAAAACUCCCAAAUAAUUUUACACACUGACGAGUACAACGAGUACAUCCUGCUUUUACAAUCUGGUUUGUUUUUGAUUUGAUGUGUAUGGCUCCAAACAUGACAUACUGUCAUUUUGAAAUAAAUUAUUUAAACUGAA